AUGCCCACCGCAUCCGAGUACCUCGUCCUCGCGGCGCGUAAGGGAGCUGCGUCAAAGAUUGGCGCACUUGCGGCACGUGGGGCGGACGUCGACUUUGUGGAUGACCGUGGCCUCACGCCGUUGCUCCAUGCCCUCGCCCGGAGGGACGGAGAGACUACGGAAGCCGUUUGCAUGGCUGGUGCCGAUACCGAGCUCAUCUCACCGUCUGCCAUCUCCCCGCUCAUCCUCGCCCUCCUCUCGGGCGAGCUAACUCUGGUUGACAUUGUUCUCUCCUAUGGCGCAGAGCCGAACCGCGUGUGCGAACAACUUGUGGCGCCGCUGAGGCUCGACCGCAUCGAGAUCUGGCUCCCCCUCCACCUCGCCAUCGCCCUGGAGAGGCCCGAUUUUGUCGAGCUGCUGCUGCUGGCGGGUGCAAGCGUUGAUGAGGUCAUGGACAAAGUCGGCGAGCCGCUGCAUCUGGCGGCUGCAGCCGGCUCGGUUGCGUGCGCGCAAAUACUGCUUGACGCCGGCGCCGAGUCGUCGCGUGGCGCACCAGUCACCGGCGCCACUCCGCUGCACUUGGCCGGAACGAUAGGCGGCAAUGUCGGCGUCCUCGCGCUCCUCAAGAACGCCGGCGCCGACUUUCAGGCUCUCGACGCGUCGGGCAAGACGCCGCUAGCGGCGGCGUCAGCUGCGCCUCCCGGCUCGGUUCCAUCGGAUGUCAUCCGGUUCCUCACCAACUACACCAAGGUCUCGCUCAACAAGCACCUGACCGCGGCCACCGAGACAACGGUCGACACCGCGCGCCCGCGCUCGGCAGAGGUCCUCAACUACCCAGCAGCAGGCUCCGCACCAGCUCUGCUUCUAGGCUCGAUCCUUGGCGACAUCGACGAGGAGCGCGCCCUGCCGGUCCUUACCCAGGCCGGCAUUUCGGACGAGCUGCUCAACUACGCCACAACGCCACGGGCUGACCUCGAGGCUCGCCUUCGCGGGACCGGCGCGCUCUCCUCGGUGGCGCUCGCGCGCUUUCUUGCCGAAGUCGAUGCGUACAACGCCAAGUCGGACGCAGCCGCAGCCGCAGCCGCAGCCGCGGCGUCUCCACCGUCGACGCCCACGCUGCCGGUCCCGCGCGGGCGUCGCUCAAACUCGGUCUCGAAAGAUGCCGGCUCGCCGCUGGCGGCGCCGCUGAUGGCGCCGGGCGAGGCGACCAUCACCAUGGCCGCUGUGGCAAGCGGCGGCAAGUUCAAGCGCCAGACCACGUACGUUGUCACCCUCCGUCCUCCAGGCAUCGCGGUCGAGCGCAGGUACAAGGACUUUGCCUGGCUGGCCACCCGCCUCCGCAACAUUUACCCGUUCCGCUCGGUGCCGGGCCUGCCUCCACCGUCGCGCCAGACCGGCGCCGACGCCACAGACGCAACUCGGCGGCAGCUGCUCAUCUUUCUCCGCCACAUUCACGCCCGCCCAGACGUCUACGACCCAGCGCUGCUCAAGCCAUUCCUUCUCCUCUCGACCGCCAGUGAAUGGGACGCCCACAAGCGAUCUGCGUCCAAGCACCCGCCACCGCCCGAGGCUGAGUCCCAUCUACACGGGCGCGACGCCGCCGCUCACAUCCGGCCCGACGCCGAUGCAUACCUCACUGCUCUUCACGCUUCGAUCUCCGCUUUUGCACUUCGCGGCGACGCCCGAGGCGGCGGCGGGGCGGCAACCUCGCCAGCUACGGGCUCAAGUGUGCACGCUGAGCUCCGCGCCGAGCUUGACGCCAUGAUGGAUGCAGCAUCAGGCGUGCUGGAGUACGCGUUGGCGUCGGAUGUCGAGUGUGUCACCGCUGCCGUCUCGCAGCUCGCCGGCUCGGCCCGCAAGGCGCUCAAGAUCGGCAAGACUGCCGUUGACGCCCGCGACUCGCCGGUUGGCCUCCGUGACGCUCUCAAGGGCAUCUCGCUCCACCUCGUGGCAGUCCUCAACGUCGUGCCGCGGGUCUCUGCCUCGCCGGGUGGGCUGGACGAUCUGAUGGACCUCAACUCGUGCACCCACGCGCUGACCGGAGCGGUGGAGCGAUUGCUCUCGCUGCUCGCGCUCACCGCGUCAAACUCGUCGAACGCGCCCUCGCGCAACAUGGUGGCGCUCUCGGCGUACGCUGAGACCCACGGCGCGCUUGGUGCCAUGCACACCCGGCAGGCCGCGGUGGAGUCGGCCGUCCUUCUUGACACCAUGUACGAGGUCAUCUCUGUCGCGCGCUCGCUGCUGGUCGCGUUUGAUAACAGGUCCGUCGUCGCCACCAAGUUUGACUCGUCGCAGAAGAAGACGCUGGCGGCCCAGCUCAAGCUCCGGACCGCCCGCGACAAGGCCUCCUCACCGUCCGACUCGACCGUGGCCAAGCUCGAGGCGCUCGCCCGCCACAACCAGGCCAAGCUCGAGCAGCGCCGCACCGAGCUCUCGUUUGCUACCUACGCACUGCUCGAGGACACCCACUACGUCCGCGAUGUGCUCAUCUCCAAGCUCACCCACGCGCUGGCCCACCUGGCCUUCUCCACCUCGUCGUUUAACUCACAAGUCGCCGCCGUCUGGCUCCGCGCCCACGCAGACCUCGCCGCCAUCGAUGCCGAGCUUCACGCUGCAGGCACCGCCCCGGCUUCUGCCGUCGACCUGGAGCAUGGGAGCAGCGCCGCCGACAGCACGAUGCCGCCGCGCCGCACCCGCGCGCGGUCUGCCACUCUUGCCUGA